UUGGAUGAGAAGAGGCCUUCGACUGGUAGAGGCCAUUUCGUGUCCCGCACUAGCAACGCUGCCCUUCUCCGGGCCGGACAACAUCUGUGCGAGCAGAGGAAUGACCCGAAAGAAGUUUCACGGCCGCAUCAUUUUCUGGGAAGUGUAGUUUCGCGGUUCCGGCGCCUUGUCUUCACAGUGCAUGUACACGGCUGCCGUUGGUUCCGUGAAGUAGAGUUCGCCAGAAACAACUGUUGUCCUCCCAGUACUUACCGUGCGUCCCCGGUGGAGCAGCCCUGCUGUGUAAUUCUCACACAGCACAGGCUGUGGUCUCGCGGUGCGCCGAGAUCGCGUGGUCGCAGAGCCUCCUGGGAAGUGUGGUUUUUCGGGAGGCGACCAUGCAACGCACCGGCAACUUUUGUCUCUGACGCGGAGGAGUGUGAGAAGUGCAGUCGGCCGUGGAUUCCGCUCUUGGCCCGCCCCGCGGUCAUCUCCGGCCCUGCAGCGGAAUUCUCAGUCCUGGAAUCGCGGAGGCCUCUGGGCACCGCAGUUCCCGCGAGGCGGGAGGCCAUUGUCCGCUGCAGCGACCUGGCGCGUUAGGCACUGCCCUUCUAUAAGAAGAGAGCUUGGAAAGAGAACUGUGUUGACUUUUGGAAAUUGCAGAGUCAUGUUUCAGGUAAGUUAGUAUGUUCCCAAAUCUUCCUGAAACACCUAUUUAUCAGGACUCUUGAGUGUCUGCUUUGCCUUUCCUACCAGUUCCCACCUCACAGAGUCCUUUUAGGGACUGGAUCUGUAAUUCCUUUCAUUAUAGCAAAGGAUGGAGACUGCAGAACUCCAAAGUGCUGUCUUCUCUCAGUGCUCCUGUUUUCUACCAGUUUCCUGCUAGAAGCCUCUGAAGAGUCUUGAGUAAAACUUUUUUAAAAAAUUACAAUUCAUAGUUCAAGUUAUCAUGUGGUCUCGAUUAAUGGUGUAUGUCAGUCCUUUCAGUUGUUCAAGUCAAGAGAGGUUUGGAGUCAUCCUUGAGACCUCCCUUUCUCUUAUAACUCACAUUCAGACAUUCUAGUUGGAUCUAAAAUAUACACAGUAUAUCUACACAAUCUGACCAUUGGUUACCCCAUCACUGCCACUACUACUGCCACCCUGGUCCAAGCCACUUAUAUUAUUGCAGUAGUCACCUUGCUGGAUUCCCUACUUCUGCCCUUGACCCUCUUCAGUCUCGUCUCAAUACAGCUGUCAUAGAGAUCCUCUUGUUAUAUAAUAUCCUGUCAUUCCUCAGCUUAAAACUCUUUGGUGGCCCUAACUAAUAGAAGUCAGAGUUGGGUCAUGACAUAAAAAGCUUUGUACAGUUAGGCUCUCUUAUUACCUCCCUGAUCUCAUCUUCCUUCUCUGUCUCUUUGUUCCCUGUGAGCUCCAGCCACACUGGCUACUGCCUCCAGGCCUUGGAAUUUGCUGUACCAUCUACUUGGAAUAUUCUUUCCCUGGAUAUACACAAGCUUGCAUUCUUACCUCUGUAUCUUUGCUCAGGGGUUACUUUCUUGGUAAAGCCUCCCUGAACACCUAUUUAAAACUGCAGUCACCUUCUCUCGACUGUCACUUCUACUCCUCCAUCACUGUGUUGUUUUUCAUAGCACCUAUCACUCACUAGCUGAUACACUAUGUGUUUAGUAUAUGCAUACACUCAUUGUUUGUCUCCUCCCACUGGAAGGGAUUUUUUUUUCUUUUUUGUUGACUGUUUUAUCUUCAGUGUCCAGAGUGGUAUCUGGCAUAAAACAGAUGCUUAGUAAAUAGCUGUUGAGUGAAGGAGUGAUGAGAAAAUGAUGGGACAGAAUCAUGGCAUGGAAGUGAAGCCUGCACAGGAGAAGGUGACAUUUAGUGAUGUGGCCAUAGACUUCUCUCAUGAAGAGUGGGGAUGGCUAGAUCCUACUCAGAGGAAUUUAUACAAGGAUGUGAUGGUACAGAAUUAUGAGAACCUGGUAUCUCUAGCAGGUCUUUCCAUACCUAAGCCAUAUGUGAUUGCUUUAUUGGAGGAUGGCAAAGAACCUUGGAUGGUGGAGAAAAAGCUGUCAAAAAGUUUGUUUCCAGAUUGGAAAUCAAGAUGGGAAAGCAAAGAAUUAUCAACGAAGGAAGAUAUUUAUGAUGAAGAUUUUCCCCAGAUGGUAAUAAUGGAAAAAACUAUAAAACAAAGUCAUGAAUUUUCAAAUUUUAACAAGGACUUGGAUUAUAUAGAGAAGUUGGAGGGGAAGUGUGAAAAUCAGGUAGAACAUUUCAGACCAGUGACCCUCACCUUUAGAGAAAGUCCCACUAGGGAAAGUGUUUACAAAUGCAAUACGUUUAGAAGCAUCUUACCUUUAAAGUCUGUUCUUUCUGAACCACAGAAAAUUUCUGCUGAAGGGAAGUCACAUAAAUGUGAUAUAUUUAAGAAGAGAUUACCAGCAAAUUCAGUUAUAAAAAAUGAGAAUAUCAGUGAUGGAAAGAAACUUUUGAAUUCUAAUGAAAGUGUGGCAGCCUUCAGCCAAAGCAAAUCUCUUACCCUUCACCAGACUUUUAAUAGAGAGAAAAUCUAUACAUGUAGUGAAUGUGGGAAAGCCUUUGGGAAACAAUCAAUCCUUAAUCGCCACUGGAGAAUUCAUACAGGAGAGAAACCCUAUGAAUGUCAUGAAUGUGGGAAGACUUUUAGCCAUGGCUCAUCCCUUACUCGACAUCAAAUAAGCCACAGUGGAGAGAAACCUUACAAAUGUAUUGAAUGUGGGAAGGCCUUUAGCCAUGUCUCAUCACUUACUAAUCAUCAAAGCACUCACACUGGAGAGAAACCAUAUGAAUGUAUGAACUGUGGAAAGGCUUUUAGUCGUGUUUCACAUCUCAUUGAACAUCUGAGAAUUCAUACUCAAGAAAAACUCUAUGAAUGUCAAAUAUGUGGGAAGGCCUUCAUUCACAGGUCAUCUCUCAUUCACCAUCAGAAAAUUCACACUGGAGAGAAACCUUAUGAAUGUAGCGAAUGUGGAAAAGCCUUUUGCUGUAGCUCACACCUUACUCGACAUCAAAGAAUUCACAGUAUAGAGAAACAAUUUGAAUGCAACAAAUGUCUGAAAGUCUUUAGCAGCCUCUCAUUUCUUAUUCAGCAUCAGAGUAUUCAUACUGAAGAAAAACCCUUCGAAUGUCAAAAAUGCAGGAAAUCCUUCAGCCAGCCUGAAUCACUGAAUAUGCAUUUGAGAAACCACACUAGAUUGAAACCUUAUGAAUGUAGUAUAUGUGGGAAAGCCUUCAGUCAUAGGGCAUCCCUGUUUCAACAUCACAGAAUUCAUACUGGAGAGAAACCCUAUGAAUGUAUUAAAUGUGGGAAGACCUUCAGUUGUAGUUCAAACCUUACUGUACAUCAGAGAAUUCAUACUGGAGAAAAGCCAUAUAAAUGUAAUGAAUGUGGGAAAGCAUUUAGCAAAGGCUCAAAUCUUACUGCCCAUCAAAGAGUACAUAAUGGAGAGAAACCCAGUAGUACAAUAAGUGUGGAAAAGCCUUUAGGCCAUAUAAAUCACUAUACGUGUGAAAGAUCAUAUAAGAGAGAAAUUGCAUAAAUGCAGAAUUUGUCAUAAUAUACUGUAGCCAUAGAUCCUCCCUGAUUCAAAAUCAGAAAAUCUGUACUGGAGAAAAUUCUUAUGAUGUAAUGAAUAUCGGAAACUCUUUAGCAAUGAUACAAGCCUUAUUGUCUAUCACAAUUCACACUGUAGAGAGACUAUAUGAAGGCAAUAAAUGUGGGAAAGACUUUAGCCAGCAUUAAUCCCUUAAUUGACAUAAGUAAAUCCACAUUGGGGAAAAACCCUUUACAUGUUACAAGUAUGGGAAAGACAUUAGGUGAUAUGAAUCUCUUAAAAAACAUUAAACACAGGAGAGAAGCAAUAUGAAUAUAAAAAUUGCAGGAAGUCCAGUUAAAAUGCAUCCCUCAUUACAUCAAAGAACUCCCAGUGGAGAGAAAGCUUAUGUAAGAAAUGUGGCAAAGUGUUAACUAAGCAUUCUUAGCUUGCUAGACAUCAGAAGAUUAAUGCUAGAAAAACCUGAAGGAUUUAGGAAUUAUGUGUCUUUCUUUGCAAUGAUGCUAAUUUGUAAACAAUUCUACAGGAGAGCAAACAAGCAUAGUAUAAAUGAAUAUGCAUAUCUUAUAGUAGCAGCAUGCAUUUUACUCAAGAGUCCUACAUAGAAAUUAUCUUUAGCUAAUGGGCAUGUGAAGAUAUUUAGUCACCCAGUGGAUCCAGUAAAUGUUAUAAUUGAAAAUUAAAGUUGCAACAGAAGUAAAACAUGGUGUGAAUAAAAUUUUUGGUCUCUA